AUGACAACACAGUUACAUGGCUUGCUUUUUGGAAUGAUCCAAUCAACCCAAAGGAAUUCAAAUACGUGCAUCAGAGCAGCUUAUACUAAAGAUUUUGCCAGUAAGGAUGUCACAAAGCGACAAAUAGCAGUUGCCACCUAUCUUAUUGAUAAACUAGCUCUCAGGGCUGGCAAUGAGAGGGAUGAUGAUGAAGCUGAUACCGUUGGUUGCUGCACAUUGAAAGUAGAAAAUGUAGAACCAAUGCCUCCAAAUAUUCUGAAGUUUGACUUCCUUGGUAAAGAUUCAAUUAGAUACCAAAAUAAGGUUGAAGUUGAACUUCUUGUGUUCAAGGCAAUUCAGCAGUUCGAACUGGAAAAAGUGGCGGCGAUGAUCUUUUUGACAAGCUGGAUACCAAUAAACUGAAUGCUCAUCUAAAGGAACUCAUGCCUGGUCUCAUAGCAAAGGUUUUCCGUACAUAUAAUGCAUCUAUAACUUUGGAUGAGAUGGUAAGAGGCAAGCUGGGAUUUUUCAUACCUUGAAGUUAGUAUUUUUCAUGUGAAUAUGAAUUUACUAUGUUAAUCAAGCUUUUGGUACACAUGGGAGUAUUUGUGUUGGUGUUUGGAUUGUCUGACCAUCAACUUUUGGUACACAUGGGAAUAUAGGACCCGGGCAAAUAGUUGUACUGGUGCUUAUUUGAAAGGUGGUACUAGGGUGAAGUAAUAAAAAAUCAAUAAAUGUGGGCUAUCUAACAAAACAUAUUGGAAAUAAGAUUUUGAAAUAUAACAAAUAGUUGUUGUCAUUUGACAUUAUUGAAAGUAGAAAUGGUUUUUAACAAAUAAUUGCUGUCAUUUGACAGUAGUGAACUUGAUAUGCAUUGGCAAGAUAACUCAACUCAACUUACCAAACUUUAAUCCCAAUUAUUUGACCUGCAGUAGGACAUGGUGGUAACAUGACGUCAUGGUUAAACCAAUUUACAUUUUUGUCGAUUAUAUUUCAUGAUGAUGAAGGCUAUAUAUGGUUUGUAGAUAUAAUAGUCUGAAACAUGGAGUAGUCUAUGCAAUGAAUAACAUAACUUAAGCAGUUGUA